AAGAAGUUUGAAAGUUGCUUAGCAACGUGUUCAAAAUGGAUGAGGAGAAGGAAAUUAUUCCUCAAGAGGAAAAAGAUGCUCCAGAUGAUAAAGAAGCACUUUCUGACGAAUCCAGUACCAAGUCAAAGCCUAAAUACACUUUUAAAAAAGCAACUGCCCAAUUGAAGGCAGAAGCUAUUCGUCGAUAUAAAUUGAAACACCAAAUCUCCUUGGACGCUCACUCACAAAGCUUCGAUCAAGAGACGCUACAAUCUAGUGACCUAACGGAUUCCGAGGGUAAUUUAGGCAGAGAAUCAGUUGAUAGUAGAGACAUUUUGGAUGCAGGGGAAAAAGUGAGAGACGAGGGAAAUAUUCCCGAGGUAAAAGCUGCAUCUGAGUCAGAUGAACUGAUAAAAAGCAAAAGUUCAAAAAAUAUCAAAGACAAACUUUCAAUUCCCGAUGAGAAAAAGAAGAUUUUUGAUACCGACUAUUCGGACAUAGGGAAAUUUUAUGGCGCAGAAGAAAACAGAGAAAACUCACCAAGGCUUGCUAGUCCAAAUGAGAUACCAGAGAAAACAAAUAAUGAGACAAAUCUAACAAAAGAAGAUGAUAUUAGACCCAAAUCAACAAGCAAAAAAGUUGAAGAUAAUGGAGGAGUUACAGAACAUGUUGAAAAUACUAUUGAAAGGGAAAAAACGCCAGUUGAUGAUUCGAUUAAAGAUGUUCCUGACCCUCAUGAACACUCAGGUCGAGCUUCCGAAGCUCCACCAGCUGAACAAGAACAGGAAAAACCUCAGGAGGAUCCCAAACAAGAAGCUCAAAAUACAGAAGAGACCAAAGAAGAUGGUGAAGUAAAGCCUGAUGUUCAGGCACCUGCUGAAAAUGAAGCUGAAAAUAAAGAUGAUUCGGCUGAAACGAAAGCUGAUACAGAUGAUGCUGAUCAAACGUCUGCAAAAAAUGAUGAAAAUGUAAAAGAACCGGAAGAAGCCACUAAUUCCGGUGAAGCUAAAACAGAAUCUGAUGACAAAGAUAAAGAAGAACAGGCGCCUGCAGCUGAAAGCUCAGACCUGAAGACAGAUGAGACUAAACCAGAAGACGCAAAAGAAGAGGUGACAGAGGAAACUAAAGAGGAGAAAUCUGCCGAACCUCAGGAGCCUGAUGAACCUAAAGAAGAGGAAGAGAAAGUUGAAGAAGGAAAAGAACCAACAGCAGAGGAAGAGAAAGAGGAAGAAAACACUGAAACUAAAAAAGAGGAUGAGAAAGAGGAGGAAGAAAAAGAACCCAAGCAAGCUGUAGACACUAGCGAAGAAGAUAAGAAAGAUGAUGAAAAAGUUAGUGAAGAAACCACAGAGGCAGCAGAGAAACCAAUCGAAAAUACCGAGGACAAGCCAGAAGAGAAAACUGAUAUCAAAGAAAAUACUGAAGAUACUAAAGAAGAGAAUGUCGAAGAUAAGAAAGAAGAACUAAGAGAGCAAAAUGAAGAGAAUACAGAGGUUUCUCAAAAACAAUCAGAAGAUCAAACUAAAGAAGAACGCCCAGUUGAAAAGAAGAUGAAGCAAGUUCGUAGAAAAAAAGUGAAAGAACAGCCUUCAACUGACGAACAGACAACCGGUGAAAGCGAAAAAGUAGAGACAAAAACUAUCGAGGAUGCUGAAGCAGAGAAGCCAAGUGAGGAAUCACUUGAGAAGAAGGAUGAGGCAGAGGACGACGAGGAAUGGGAAACAGUAUGGGUAACAGAUGAUGAAGCUGAAGAGGACAAAGAGGAAAAGUCAGGCCCUGUAGAUGGACAAGAUCCCAAUAUAAGAGGAGACGAGUAUGAGAUUGUCAGCGAAGCUAGUCGGCCGCAUUCAAAAGGAGAUGAUGAUGAAGAAGCUAUACCAGCAGACUUUUUUUACGAAGCAGACGAGUAUAUAAGUUCUGCAAAGGUAACAGAAGGUUCAGGCUUACCAGCGGAUAUGCUGAAAUUAUAUCAUUCGUUCGGUUACGAUUGCCAUAAGAGGUGCAAUUUGAAUUUAUUAGACGACAACCAUCUUAUUUGGGUUGCAGGUAACCUCGCGCAAAUUAUAGAUAUCAAUACAAAAGAACUGCAAUAUAUAAGGAGUACUUCUGGUGGAGCGAUAGGACAUGUUGCAGUACAUCCGCAAAAAACUUUUAUCGCUGUUGCGGAAAAGGGCGUUGGUCCUCGAAUUAUUAUUUACGAAUGGCCUUCUCUCAAGAUGAAGAGAAUUUUAAGAGGGGGAACUGAGCAGUCAUACGCCUAUGUUGAAUUCAACCCUGAUGGAAAAUUAUUAGCUUCUGUGGGUGGCGAUCCAGAUUAUAUGUUAACACUUUGGGAUUGGAAGAAUGAGAGAACUGUUCUCCGAUCAAAAGCCUUCUCGCAAGAUGUAUUUCGGGUCUCUUUCAAUUCAGAACUUCCCGGUCAACUUACGUCAGCCGGAACAGGUCAUGUGAGAUUUUGGAGAAUGGCUAAAACGUUUACUGGAUUGAAGCUGCAAGGUCAACUUGGAAAAUUUGGGAAAACAGAAAUUUCUGAUGUUGAAGGGUAUGUUGAACUUCCUGAUGGAAAAGUUCUAUCUGGAUGCGAAUGGGGUAAUAUGCUAUUAUGGGAUGGUGGUUUAAUUAAAGUGGAAAUAUGUAGAAAGAAUAAGAAACCUUGCCAUGUUGGACCAAUUCAGCAAAUAAUUAUGGACGAAGGUGAAUUAAUAACUGUUGGACUUGAUGGUUUCAUUAGAGUAUGGAAUUUUGAAACAAUUGAUACGGCUGAUGUUAGCGAUGAGGCAGCUAUUUUUGAAAUGGAACCAAUGAAUGAACUUAGAGUUGGAAAUCAUGUCCAUCUUAGGCAUUUGGUGAAAACAGUUAGUGAAGAUGAUUCUGUUAUCUGGUAUGCUCAAGAUGGUAAUGGUGGAAUAUGGAAAUUAGAUUUGUCUUUCUCAUUUACAUCCCAUGCUCCCGAGAAAAUAAUGUCUUAUCACGCAGGAGAAAUUCUUGGUGUAUCCGCAUCACCAGUAUCACAUCUUGUUGCUACUACAGGAGCAGAUAAAACCGUUCGUAUUAUUGAUUAUCUAAGCAAACAGCAAAUAUGCGAAUCUGCUUAUUCUAUGUCCGGACAUUCAAUUCUCUGGAUGCCGAAAAUUGUAGACCCAAAAGGAUCAACAAUAGCUGCAGGUUUCGCUGAUGGAGUUGUCAGGUUAUUUGCAUUUCAACAGAGAGAGAGUAUAGAUAUUCAUGGAAGGAAACAGAAAGAUUUAAAUGAAUUGGCCCUAAAACAAGCUUUCAAGCCUCACACGGCAGCUGUAAAUUGCAUGGCAGUUGAUAGUACUGGAGAAGUUUUUGCCACAGGGAGUGAAGAUUCUACCGUUUUCUUUAUGCAUAUUGGUAAUACUUUUGAUGCAAUUGGAUUUAUUAAGACUCCGUCACCAGUUAAAUAUAUAGAAUGGUCUCCUGGAUCUUUCAAAAAGAAUACCUUGCUAGUCUGCUGUUUGGAGGGUCAAGUGUUGGAAGUAGCUUGCCCUGAAGUUGGAAAUUAUGAUACUUCAAAAACCUUUGAAAUAUCUGGUUUGAAAGUUAGAACUCAAGAGUUUAAAAGUGUUAAAUCAAGACUUAGGCACGAAGAAGAAUUAGAGAGGAGGAGAAAGGAAGAGGAGGAAGCAAGGAAAAAGGAAGAAGAAGAACGACGAAUUCGUAUUGAGAGGGGUCUAGAAGAUCCGGACCAAGUUGAUGAGGAGGCUGAAGAAGAGAAGAGAAAAGCUAAAGAAGAAGAGGAAAGGAAGAGAAGAGAGGAAGAGGAAGCUUGGGAACCCUAUAUUCCUAAAGAACCUAGUCCAAUACUUUUUGGAAGCUAUGGUAAAGAAGAAGGAGAAUUUUGGUUAUCAAUGGGAGAUUUUGAUGCUGGCUACCUCUAUAAAUAUAAAUUUAUGGAAGAGGAUGAGAAAGCUAAAAUAGAUAAAGAUGAUCUUUAUAAACCAAUCCAGUCAAUACCAGUAAAAGAGUCAGAUGAUAUUCCCUUAUCUUCUGUAAAAAUCGGUAAAACUGGACAACAAAUAAUUAUUGGAAUGGAAAAUGGUGCAGUUCGAAUCUACACAGUCAAAGAUGCAAACUUGGCAGAUAUUGAUCCUUUUUGGCAGCUAAGCAUGCACGACAAUACAUAUGGACAAAUCACCUAUAUAGACGUAAGCUUUGACGGAAGCUUCCUUUUUACAGUCGGCAAAGAUGGAAACUUCUUCUCCUAUGAAUUGAUGGAUGAUGCUACAGUUGAGAAACGAGUUAUAGAGAAUAAGGCGAAAAUUCCAAGUGCGAAAUUAUCAGACGAUAAGAAGGGCACAGAUAUAGAAGACGCAAAUGCUUACAGUAUUGAGGAUGCCAAGCAAAAAGCUGAAUAUGAUAAGAUGAUGGCUCUGGCAGAACAGAAAAAGAAUAGUGUUAGAUCUAUAAUUGAUACUUUAAGAGACCAUUUUAGAGGUCUCAUCGAACGAAAUGAUCAAUUACCUAAACAUCUUCAAUUGGAUAGAACCGAAUUUGAAAUGGAUCCAGAAAUUAAGAAAGAACUACACAAGCAAACAGAGGAGAAGAUUAGUAUGGUUCACAAAGAAAUGGCUUGGGAGGAAGAAAAGCAACGUAUUGCUCUUGAGAAAUUACGUAAAAAGUUUAAAGACGAUGUAGAUUGUGAGAGAAUUGUUGUGAAAUCGUUUAACUUUAGUCAUCAAGUUGCUACUCUAAGAACAGCCAAACUGUCAGAAACCUUCCAUAUGGUCCAAGCAGAAGUUGAAAAGAUGAGAACAACAACUACCCUUAAAGAAGAACUUUCAAAAGAUCCAACGGAAACUGCUUUACUUGAAGAAGAAGAAGGCAAAGAACAAGCUAAAGAAGAACAGGAAGAAGAUAAAAAGGCUCAUGUUACAACAUUAACUGGAAGUGUUGGUGAAAGGGUGUUAAAACAGUUGGCAAGAGUUGACGAAAAGAAAAAGAAGCGAUCAGAAAGAAAAUUAGAGUGGGAAGAACUUUUUAAGAAUAAACCAAGUGAUGAUUGGGAAGACCCUGAGGAUGUCGCGGCGAUUAAAUAUGCUAAAGAAAACAUGGGAGAUUAUAAAUUAAAAAGUUCACAGUCCUACAUUGUACCACCUCAUCUUCGUAUGACUGCAUUAAAGGCGAAAGGACGUUUAUUAGUAUUAAAACAAUUGAUGUAUGACCUCAAAAAGAAAUUCAAUGACAAAGUUUUACAAUUGAGACAAUCAAAAAUUGAAACUAUACAAAGAAUUGAGUAUUUGGUACAGCAAUUGGAAAAUGUUCAACAGCAUUUGAAGGUUGAUGAAAUUAAAGAUAUUCCACCAAUACCUACAAUGGACGAUGAAGAGAUUCCCGAAAAGAAAUACGAAUACAAUGAAGAAACCCUUCUGUCUUUUAAGGAAGAAAUGGCAGAGAAAAGAAAAAGAGCAGGUUUACCAGUUGGUACAGGUAUGGCGGCAGCAGGAUUCGUACAGCCUCCUUCAAAACCGGUCAGAUUACCUACACCUCAAAUGACACCUAGGAGGGAAAUGACAAGAACAGAAACAGUCACUCCAUCAGAGUUUUUCUACGAUAUUCAAGCCACAGAUGAAAGUCAAUUAACAGAUCUUGAAAGAGAACUAUUAGAAAUGAAGAAUAUUAGAUUAAAAUAUGAACAAGAUAAGAUUUUAAAGGAUAUCGGUUAUCUCAUUCGUAAUUUCGAUGCCAAACUAAGAACAAUAAGACAUGAAAAGUUUGAAUUAGAUGUUACACUGAAAAAUGCUGAUUUGAGAUUAUUAACCUUGUUUGAAGAAUUGCAAUUACUCAAAGAAUUUGAGAAGCAAGAAAAUAUAUUGGCAGAUAAAGUAGAGAUGAAAAAUACCGAGAAAAUUGACAUGCAAACAAAGAUAAGCGAUUGCCAAACAAGAUUAACCAAGAAGAAAAAAGAUUUGGAAAAUCUUAGUGAAAAAGAAAAACAAUUGUACGCUACAUUCCUACAAUCUUUGGGCGAAAAUAAUAGAUUUGCCGAUUAUCUUACUAAAGUAUUUAAGAAGAGAAUAAAGAGGAAGAAGGCUAAGGCAUCCGAUGGAGAUGGUGAUAGCGACGAAGAUUCUGAAAGCGAUUCUGAUGAUUCGGACUUUGAAGAGUCGGACGAGGAUGAUGAAAGCGAAGGCGGAGGAUAUGAUUUAGAUGUUUGUCCUCCUCAAUGCGAUCAAACUCUCUACGAUAAUACUUGUUCACUGAGAGAGAAGAGAUUAGAUCUAGAAGAGGAAGUUGCUGAGGAAAAGAAAAAUAUGGACUCUUAUAAGAAAGAAUUGGAUACUUUACAAAAAAAAGCAAAAGUAAUUGAACAAGGUUUAAAGAAUGCUGAAAACGAAUUGGAAGCAUUUCAACAAGAGAAACAAAGAAAAAUCAACGAGUUCGACGUUGUUGUAUCGCUUAAGCUACACCAAGUUCAACAUCACAUGAACUCAACUAUUCCAGCCGGUUAGUAUCCUUCUAUUAACAAAUCUCUUCUUAAAUAUCUUGAUAUCAUUAAAAUGUUAACGGAUAAGCAGAUGCUAAACUUGAAGAUGUUAAAACCUUUUAUGAUAAGUAUUAAUAACAUUACAGAAAAUGAUUAGACAGAUUCAUCAAAAAUAUUUAUUUAUCAAGAAAUAUUUCUAUCACUUUAUGAUUAUCUUUAAUUUAGCUCUUUUUAGUUUUAUUUUUUUCAUUCCAUUAAUUUUUCUCUACUUGCAUGAUCAUCUUCCUUCUUGAACAAAUAUUUCAGAGAGUUUUAUUAGGAUUUAUCUCUUUUAACAGACUUAACACCUUGUCUCAUUUUUGAGCGCUUGGGAGUUGUUAAAUUGCAACAUCGUAUAAAAGAGUUAGAGUUGGAAAAGCAAGCUCAAAAGAAACAACAAAGAGAUGCCAAACGCGAACACAAGGAUCUAAUUAAAGAAAGAAGAACUUCUGAGAAGAGGAUCGUUGAUUUAGACGAAGAAUGCAAUAAGAGAAUGAUUGCUAAAUUUGGUAAAAUUGUUGACAUGGAAAUUUUGGAGCAAGUGACAGUUAAUAGGUCGAUUGAGGAGUUGAAAGAAAAGCUCCGAUUAACUGAGGGUGGGUGCGCCGACGAACUCUCAUUGUGGGAUGAUAGGAUUCAAGAGGCAAAGGAUGAAAUAAUCGUAGCUAUUAAAGAAAAUACUGAUAGGUUAGAUCAAAUGAACAUGUUAAAGGAUGAACGAAGACAGUACGAGAAAGAUUUGAAUCAUAGACAGAAGCAUAUGGGAGGAGGUGCUGCUCAAACCAGUGGUGCAACAGACAGAGGAGAAGACGAAAGAGAGAAGCAAAGGCUUAUACAACUUGUCCAAAUGCAAGCUCAAGAAGUCCAAGCUCUAAAACAAGAAAUAACACUUUUAUGCCAUAAAGGCGGUCAUGUUUUGCCGCCUGCAGCAAAUAGCAACCAACAGUUACCCCCUAUGUCUGAUACAUCGAAUAACCGUUAGAUUAUUUUAUUAAUAAAUAUAAAUAAUAACGAAUUAAGUUAACUUUCAAUAACAAAAACUGUAACUAUAUUAUUUUAAGAAGUUCCUUUUUCCAAGGUUUUCUUUUUAAUAAAAAAAGAGGAAAAAAAUAUAAAUAUUCGUGACAAAGUUUUGUUGAUAUAAUGAAACUAUCAUAAAGUUAAUGUUCAAUCAAAGAAAGAGAGAAACGUAUAGCUUUGAACAAGUGUUAAGCAGAUUGACGAUAUCGAUUUAAGGCGAUUUUGCUACUGUUUCACUCAUUCAUUAGAUUAACUUUCAUUCUCUUUUUGCAUAGUUUAUAUAACAUCCCAACUAGAUUUCUCCCUCCCUUCUUUCAUACUUUCUAAGCUAUUUUCUCAGUUUUUUUACGAAUCACUUAUCUCUUUGGUACGAUGAAGAAAAAUGUAUUUUUUGGUAUUUUUUUUUGCUUAAAACAAAUCCAUAUUUUCAAAUAAUGGAUUAUGAUAGGCAAGUGAAUGAUGAUUUACAUCCGUUGAAUUCGACUCAUAUAACUCAUUUUCUUCUUCUGUUGUUGUAAGUCCAUUUACAUGAGUAGUUUGGGGUGAAGAUGACCUGUUUACUAUAUUCGCUACUUCAUUUAUUAUUUUGGCAACAGACGAAAGAGCAUUGUUUGUAGCCUCAACUUGUCGGCUCAUCAUAGCUGCAAGAGCAUCUCUGGCUUGAACUGGACGAAGCUCGUUUAUAAGAUGUUGCAUAUGAAUAAGAAUGAGAUAUAUAUCUGCCAACUUUUGCGCUCUUUGAGGACUGUCUGCUGAUGAUGCGAGAAUGUGAAGGAGAUCAAGGACGGCACAGAGAAGUGAGUGGUUCAUCUUGAGCAAUUCACGUUUAUGCUCAUAGCUUUCUGGAUGAAGACGUUCCACAUUUUGUGAUUCCAAAGGUGGGACAAUUGGAGUCUCAUUUGAUUGGCUAAAGGUCAUUCCAAAACAAGAGUAACCUUCUUGGUCUGAUGGUGGCAGAGGAGGUGGCGGUGCCCGGUGAUUUUUCACAUUUUCAUCUGUAUAGUUUUCAUAGAAACUGGGAGGAAGCGGAAGAGCACUGACAGCUUGUUGCUGUUGUUCUGUAUUAGCAGCCAUUUUUUAUACAAUUUUAUAACUAGAUAAUGUCAAUUCCCUCCAAUUUCUGGCCCUGUUGUCAGAGCGCUUAUUUUCCCUAUAUUCUUUCAAUUCGUGUCGUCUGCAUUAAAGGCUGGUUCCCUACCAUUGCUGACUUAAAUGAUAGCUCCGCAUAUAAUUGUGGACUGAUAUGAAAAUUAAUUUCAAUUUUAUAGUUGCGCUUAUUUGAAACAAAUAUCUAAAAAUUUUUUCUAGUAGCUUGAACUCCAAACGGAAAAUGUAAAUUUUCUAAAAUAAUAAAAAUUUAC